UAUUCAUAGUUGUUUUUCCAAGCUUUUAGCUGAAAUUGAAGAACUAUGUUAAUUCGGAUAAUUUUAUUGAAUUAAGCUUUAGGAACUGGUAACAAUUUGAAUGUAACAAACCGGAAUAUGCCAAUUGUCUGGCUGGAUAGGUCACUUAUGAUUCUGAUCGACCAGCUUCAACGGAAGUGUGUAACUACAGUUUUGGAGCAACGAAGCUUUAGUAGGUUUGCAUAAAAGAAACCGAAACCGGAUAAAUUGCCAAACCAGCCCUUAUUAAAGGUGUGUCAUAGACUCAUAGGCCAUAGCACCAAGAUAGUGAAGUGAAUUGUGGGUCAAAAUUUACCAAAGAGAAAAAAAGGGUAAGUCAUACAUAUUCACAUACUCGUACGUUCCAAGACAAGACCACUAGUCACAAGACCAGAGGAGACCAACACAGAACACAAUCUCCAAACAAACAAUUGUCCUUUCCCUGUGUCCUGUGCUGUCUCUGUUCUGUUCACAGUAUCCCAAAAACUGUAACAGUGAAAUGUCCCUUUCACCCCGCUGCCUCUUCCCUUUCCCUCUCUUUCUCUCUUCCCAAACACACUUCUUUCGCUUUGCAAAUUGAAGAUCUGUCGUCCUUCCUAUACAAAUGGCAAAAAGGGUCGCCCUCGCAAGGCUUCAUUUUAAAUAGGAAAGACGGAAAAAAGCUGCUCCGAAGAAGAAUCAAAUACGCUUCCUUCUCCCGAUUGCAUGUUCAGAAUUCCCAUACACUUAAAAAUAACAGAGACGAAAAAGGCUGCUCCAAAGAAGACUCUAAAUGCUGAAUUUUAAACUAAUAAAGAGAUAACCAGAAGAAGAAGAAGAGAAGAAGGGAAGUCUUCUGCCCAAAGAACAUUGCCCUUUGUACUUCCCUUCCUUUCCAUCCCCAGCUCUCUGUUUUGUUUUCUUCUUCUUCUUCUUAUCUGAAAACAGAGCAUAGAAGCAAAGCAUAAACUGCUUGGCAGGACUCUAGAGGCUGUCUCACUCUUUCUUUCUCUUAUUGCUUGCCCUUGUAAGCAUCUAACCCUUUCCUUUCCUCACAAUUCUCCUCCUUCUCCACCCAUUUUCUCUGUUUUCAUACCAACAUACCAUUUGCAUGCAUAUAUACAUGCCAUUUUCAACACAAAAACGAAAAGUUCAAAUCUUUCCCUCAAAUUGAAACAACCCACCCACCUAAAGUAGUUUCCAAGCCUCUUCCUCUCUCUCUCACACACACCCUUCCCCAUAAUAUUUAAUCAAACUUCCAUUGAAUCCCCUUUUCCUCUCACCCUCCCCUGCUUUUGCCUGAGUUCCCAGUUAUGCAGCUGCAUUGGGAUUUGAUUAUGCUCAACUUUACCUUUCCCUCUUCCAGAUUUUGAUUUCCACCCACCUUUUUAGUGUUUUCUGGUCUUGUUUGAAUAGAACCCAUCUCCUCUUCGAGCUCAGCAUUCAUUUUAGAACAAAAACGAAAAGAGAUUUGACAAAAAGAGAUCACCAUCAUGAGCUUGCUAGCAGGAUCAACGGAGGACACGUGGCACCCGGUGAUGUCCGGGGACACAACCUUGGCCAGCUACUGGCUCAACUGGAGGUUCUCCCUCUGUGCGGUGUUGGUUCUGGUGUCCAUGAACGUUGCAUUGGUGUUGAUAUGGAGAAAAGAGCAACCUCCAAACAGGAUUGAAACAGAGCAAGAAGGAGGAGAAGGAAGGAGUAAUAAAGGGGAAGCUUUUGUCUAUGAUGAUCAAGCUUGGAUGCCGUCGUUGAAAGGAGUUCAUCCAGCUUGGCUUCUUGCUUUCAGGCUCUGUGCAUUCUUGGUCCUCUUGCUUCUCCUCAUCGUCUCUGUUCUCGUCGAUGGCAACACCAUUUUUUACUACUAUACCCAGUGGACAUUUACUCUGGUCACCCUCUAUUUUGCUAUGGGGAGCUUGAUUUCGGUGGGUGGAUGUUACAAGUAUCACAUAAGAGCAAGUGGGGAUAGAGUCGGUAAUGCAGAGUUAGAUGCAGAACAUGGUUCAAUGAAAGGCUCGAAUUCCUCCUACCUUGAGCUGCAUCGGCAGCCUGCUGGGAAAUGGGUUUAUGCAUUUCAGAUCAUUUUCCAGAUCAAUGCUGGAGCUGUGAUGCUGACUGAUUGUGUGUUUUGGUUCGUUAUUGUACCGUUUCUUGCAAUCAAAGAUUACCAUCUCAAUGCUUUGAUAGUAAGCAUGCAUUCAAUGAAUGCCAUCUUCCUGCUUGGAGACACUGCCAUGAAUUGCUUGCCAUUUCCAUUUUUCAGGAUAGCAUAUUUCAUCAUGUGGACAAUCAUUUAUGUGCUGUUUCAGUGGAUUCUCCACGCUUCUGUCAAAAUAUGGUGGCCAUAUCCGUUCCUCGAUAUUUCAUCUCCCUUUGUUCCCUUAUGGUACUUCGCUGUGGCGGUGAUGCACAUCCCUUGCUAUGGAGUGUUUGCUUUUGUUGUGAAGCUGAAGAACACAUUGUUCACCAGAUGGUUCCGCGAUUCUUACCGAGGCCUGAGGUAGCUAGCGUUGAAAGAUAGGCUGUAGAGACAGUAGGGGAAGAAACUAAAGAGAAGCAAGGUAUACAAUGAGACUAAAGUUGCAACUCUAAAGAAGCCACCAACAGUAAUUCAAGAUCCAGUUGAGUUCUUUUUUUGGGGAUGAUUGGAGGAAGCAAGGAGAGCAAAGGAAAGGAAAAGGAAAGGGAAACAACAACAUAUACUUUUAUUCUUAUUCGAUUGGUAAUGAAUGUAUAGCAAAUGUAGGGAACAUAUUGAACAAAAGCAGCAAGGUAAAUUAAAUUGCAGAGAAGAUAUGGUGGCAAAAGGGUUUGAAAACUAAAGACAGAUAUUCUUUCUUCCUUGUUUUAUUUUUUUUGCUCCUUUAUCAGUUUGAUUCUCCUGAGUUAUAAGGGAAGGAUCUAAUACCAUUCUGGAUACAAGUUUGAUGGGUCUGCACAUUUUGGACCCCAUCAGAAUAUUUUGCAUGCAGAUAACGCAAUAUCAGAUUCCUGAGAAGGAAAUGAAGAUAAGACUACUCAUUGUCUGAGUUGAGACAAUUCAGUCGGCGAGAUUAUGUCGUUGGAUCCAGUGUUCUGCGAUUUCACUCGAUUUGUAAACUUAUGCGUUUUGAUAGUAUUGUAAAUAGUUAUAGUGCGCGUAUUUGUGAAUCACGAGCUAUUGAAUCAAACAGAGUGAACCAUGUGCUAUGCAUUUCUUGUCUAGGUGGGUUUUGUAUGAAAAUGGCAAGAUGAAAAUGACAUGGGAAUCAGUUUGUAGGAAAGAACCAAUGGCUUCGCCAAAUCAAAAGCGUAGCCAAAGGGCCACACAAUGAUAUUCUAUAGUUAAUUAGGAAAGUACAGGUCAAGAAACACCAGAUGUCAUCUUUUGCAGCACUUUUCAAGUGCAAGAUUUUGAGAUGGGAAAGCUUAAUAAUCUCAUCCUCCUCCCACAAUUAAUCUAAUCCGAUGCUUUCAAUAUUUGGAUCACCCACCGACAGAUUCUUUUUCAGUCAUGUCUCGCCUUUUAGGUUCUUGAGAUAACUUAUUAUAAGUUUCAGCUGUUCAGUUGUGAGAAUCUCCUGGCGGCGACGAUCAUCUCAUACUUCGCACUCGAUGUUCGAAUUAAUUCAAACACGAAUAAUUUUUUAGAAGACAUCUUGUGAGAUCAUCACUUGCAUAUUUGUUGAUUGAUCUUCAGGAGUUUGAUGUGAAAUUUGUAGAAUAAUUUCUAAUAACACAAUACUCUCUUCAAUCUUCACCACCUGGUUCCAGGACUCCUACAGCAGUGGCCUCAGCUAGCUUGUUGCCCAUCUCCAUUAACCCGAGAAGAAUCAAUUCCGAACUUGUUAAUGGCUAAAUGAUCGAUGACGACUUCCUUUCGUAAUAACGUACCCCAAGCAAAGUCGAACUGCGUGCUGCCUCCUUGAAAGAGAGACGUCCCGAACCACUAGCUCAUAGGGGCAUAUUUGCCCUACUUUGAGCAUGCUAAGUUCGUAUUGUACUAGUAUGAAAACAGGGCAGACUGCAGAGUGCAAAGAAAGAAACGAACUGACAGACACUCUCUCUUUUCUUUCUUCUCUUUCGGAUGCAUACCAUUGUUAGGAAAAGUUAAACAAAAGCAGCAAGCAAAAUUGCAGGCGACAUGGCAGAAAGGGAUUUGAAGAUCUUCCUUCUUCUUUAUCAGUUUCCAUUUUUUCCCCCUCCAAAUUUCAUUCUUCUGAACAAGGAUCUGAUGCCUUUCAAAACUGAGUUUGAUAGUUUACAUUUCGUAUCUAAUUGUUCCUUUUAUUUUCUAAUGGCGACAGAAAAGACAAGUGGAAAAUCUUAACAAAGAAUGCACCCAGAAAGUUUGGAUUUCAAAAAUAAAAUGGAGUUCUUUCA